GCCGAGACCCAUCGUCAGAAUUCCAGCAUUUAGAUUGUGUAACGUUCACUUCAGCCUAAAAGCAGAUCUUCAAAAAUGUCCAAACUUUCCAAAGAAGAAAUUGAAGAGGCCAAGGAAGUGUUCGAUCUUUUUGACUUCUGGGACGGUCGUGACGGAGUGGUUGAUGCUGCCGCCAUUGGUGACGUCAUCAGAUGUGUGGGUCUGAACCCAACCUUGGAAAUCGUCAAAAAGAAUGGCGGCACAUCCAAAAUGGGUGAAAAAUCUUACAAAUUCGAAGAGUUCCUGCCGAUCUUCGAGACUGUCAUGAACACCUUAGAACAGGGAACCUUCGCGGACUACAUGGAGGCCUUCAAAACUUUCGACAGGGAGGGGCAAGGUUACAUUUCUGGUGCUGAGCUUCGACACCUCCUCUCCUCACUUGGUGAGCGUUUGACAGAUGACCAGGUGGACACAAUCAUCCGAAACACAGAUUUACAGGAAGAUCUGGAGGGAAACGUCAAAUAUGAGGAAUUCAUCAAGAAAGUGAUGGCCGGACCUUACCCCGACUAGACGUUAUUGAAAGAAAUCUUUAAAAUAACACAUAUUCAAAAAACAUUUACAAUUUUAUACAGCAAUGGUCAUUAACUUUUUCACGUGGAAGUUACAAGUCUCAUUGGCGGAUUUUCAAAGGCUGGAUAUUGUGUUUCUGUGUGUUACUCCGACAGACUGACAUUUUUGGAAAACUGUGAAAUUCCGAACAUGCGCACUGGAGAUGUUUUAAUCACUGGAAGUGUUAUAAAAACGAAUGGAUUUUUUUCCCUUCAUUUUGUGAUCCACUUUGGCGUGUUAUUUAAAUAAAUCUGCUUCUUAACGGAUAACAGUUCAUCAAUCAUUGCGUCACGUGACUGUUUUGUACAGUUUGUUCGAAAGUUGACACGUAUAGAAGAAUGGACAUCCUCUGCUGAGUGAAUAUCGCACUAUCCUUUUAUAAACUUAGCUCUCCUCAAAAUUUAUUUUUUUUAAAGUGUGUUUUAAAGAAAUCAAAUUCAUUCCAAGAAGGACAUGGGAUUUACCAAAACUGAUAAAGAAGCUUAAACGAUGAAUUGACAUAUUUUGUAUUUAUAUGUAAAUUAUAGUAAUAUAUAGAUUAAUAAUAAAAUGCUGCACUAUU